AUGGAACGCGAGAGGUUUAUUCCGUCUAGAGGCCUUCGAUGGGGAUGCCCACUCUCCUCUUACUUGUUUGUUCUUUGCAUGGAGAGUUUAGCACAUGGCAUUAGUCAAGCUAUCAGGAAAGGAGUGUGGAAACCUUUCAAAUUUUGUAAGAAUGGACCGAUACUCACUCACCUAUUUUUUGCAGAUGAUCUCCUACUUUUUGGAGAAGCAGAGUUGAUGACUGCAGAAUCUAUUCUACAUGUUUUGGAGGACUUUUGUGAUAGCUCAGGUUUUUGUGAUGCAAUGGAAAAAUCAAUCAGGAGAUUUUUGUGGGGUCAUAAUCAGCGCCUAAGCAAAGUAGCUUGGAAUAAGGUAAAUCGACCCAAGGGUGAUGGGGGACUGGGACUUCGUAAUUUGCAUGCGGUGAAUCGGGCUUUUGGAAUGAAAGCUUGUUGGGGACUCUUUAACAAUCCCAACUCCUUGUGGGGAACCAAAUACAAGUUUGAACCACGAUCAGGCUUUGGGCCUAUUGCUCCUGCGGUUUGUACACAGUUUUGGAGACUUGUCUGCAGUACAUGUGGAAGAGGAUAUUGUGGAGUUUGGGGAAGGGUGAUACAGUACAAUUUUGGAACCAUCGAUGGGGAGUCGCCCCUAUCUGCAGUGGGGACGUAA